GCCCCACCAAACAGGCCGCAAUCUGUGAUGCAACUGCAAGAGCACCCCACCACAGCGAGGGGCUCAACCAUUUUUAUUCUCGCUCAUGCCACCAACCUCCCCCUCCCUUUCCAACAAUCCACACUGACAAGAAACCCACUUCGCAAAGUUUUUUUUCUCCCAUUGAAGAACUGUCAUUUCCAGACAGUCCAGCUCAGCUUUCAGUCACCGACAACCACUUCCAGAAAGGUUUCCUGAGAAUGGCUAUCAAGGUCGGCAUCAACGGCUUCGGCCGCAUCGGCCGCAUCGUUUUCCGCAAUGCCCAGGAGCUCCCGGAGGUUGAGGUCGUUGCUGUCAACGACCCCUUCAUUGAGCCCAAGUACGCUGAGUACAUGCUCAAGUACGACUCGACUCACGGUCCCUUCAAGGGCACCGUUGCGGUCGAGGGCAACGACCUCAUCGUCAACGGCAAGAAGGUCCGGUUUUACAGCGAGCGCGACCCUGCGGCCAUCCCCUGGAGGGAGACCGGCGCCGAAUACAUCGUCGAGUCGACCGGUGUGUUCACCACGACCGAGAAGGCCAAGGCCCACCUCCAGGGCGGUGCCAAGCGCGUCAUCAUCUCGGCCCCCUCGGCCGACGCCCCCAUGUACGUGAUGGGCGUCAACGAGAAGACGUACGACGGCAGCGCCCAGGUCAUCUCCAACGCCUCGUGCACCACCAACUGCCUGGCCCCGCUGGCCAAGGUUGUCCACGACAAGUUCGGCAUCGUGGAGGGCCUGAUGACCACGGUGCACUCGUACACCGCCACCCAGAAGACGGUCGACGGCCCUUCGGCCAAGGACUGGCGCGGCGGCCGUGGCGCUGCCCAGAAUAUCAUCCCCAGCAGCACCGGUGCCGCCAAGGCUGUCGGCAAGGUCAUUCCCGACCUGAACGGCAAGCUCACCGGCAUGUCUUUCCGUGUCCCCACCUCCAACGUCUCCGUUGUCGACCUCACCUGCCGUCUCGAGAAGGAGGCCAGCUACGAGGACAUCAAGAACGCCAUCAAGGAGGCCGCCGACGGUCCUCUCAAGGGCAUCCUCAGCUACACCGAGGACGACGUCGUCUCGACCGACCUGAACGGCAGCCCGUACUCCUCCAUCUUUGAUGCCAAGGCUGGCAUCUCGCUCAACAAGAACUUCGUCAAGCUCGUCAGCUGGUACGACAACGAGUGGGGCUACUCCCGCCGUGUGCUGGACCUCCUGGCCUACGUCGCCAAGGUCGAUGCCGGCAAAUAGAUUGGCUGCGCUGCGCGGCUGUAGUUGACGGUUGAUCGCUCUCGCCUGCUUUCCCCGUAAAAGGGUGCACAUGUUUUCGGGCAAGAACGUAUUCGAUUAGGUAGCGAGGCAGCAAAAAUGCAGAAAAAGCCCCAGGCAAUUCCAAGUCCCUUGCGGUUGUGUGUAUGAUGUGAUGUAGUUGUGGGUGGACAAGCCAGGCCGCUAGUCUUAGCCAAGUCCAUGCUCGCUGCCUGGACAGAGCUGAGUGCACUGCAGGCUUCACAGACAUCUGUCGUCAGUUUGAGGGGUAGGUACGCAGCAACUACGCAGCCUCACUGACGUCUGUAUUCUCCCUUCGGGUGAUGCUGUCGAUAGAGGCAGAAGGUGGUCCACACAGACUGGCCCACCAACCACAUGAAGCUUGAUGAUUAUCACGUAGUAGACAUGACAUCUUUGAAUGCA